AAGCAUCAAUGUGGCUGGAAAAAUAGUGACACACACACACAGAAGUGUCUGAGAGUGUUCCAAUGUAGUAGAGACUGUGGAGGGUGCUUUACCCAGUUACACAGCCUGAAAAAAACAUCACACCAUUCAAAGUGUGCGCGCAAAAGGCUUCAAACUGGAGAGACAUGAAGACACCAGGUCCACGGUGAAACCGUGGAAGUGUGCGGACUGUGGGAAGGGAUUCAAUUACCCUUCUCGGCUGGAGUUUCACCGUCGGACUCACACUGGGGAGAGGCCGUGGAAGUGCGAGGACUGCGGGAAGUGAUUUAAUUAUCGUCACCUGCUGGAAACCCAUCACCGCAGUCACAUGGGGGAGAAGCCGUUCGUCUGUUCGGAGUGCGGGAAGGCGUUCACUCAGUCGGCCUGCCUGAUGUCGCACCAGCGGACCCACACGGAGGAGAGGCCCUUCCGCUGCCCCUCCUGUGGGAAGAGGUUCAGGCAGUCAUACCACCUCACGGAGCACCAGCGGGCUCACACCAGGGAGAGGCCGUUCACCUGCUCCGAGUGCGGGAAGGGCUUCACCGUGUCGUCGCACCUGCUGAAGCACUGGCGGGUCCACACCGGCGAGAGGCCGUUCACCUGCCCCGAGUGCGGGAAACGCUUCGCUCAGUCGGCCAACCUGAUGUCGCACCGGCGCACCCACACGGAGGAGAAGUCGUUCAGCUGUGCCCACUGCGGGAAAAGGCUUCAAGUCCGCGUCCGAAAUGACCACGCACCGCCGGGUUCACACCGGGGAGAAGCCGUUCGCCUGCUCCAUCUGCGGGAAGCGGUUCACCCAGUCGUCCCACUGCCUGAUACACCAGCGAAUCCACACUCUCACGAGAAGCCAUUCAGCUGCGCCUCCUGCGGGAAGAGCUUCAAACAUUCAGGCAACCUCAAAGCACACCAGCGAGUCCACACCGGGGAGAGGCCGUUCACUUGCACCGUGUGCGGGAAGGGAUUCCCUUGGUUAUCCAGCCUCUUGCGAGACCGGCAAGUUCAUAAGUGACUGUGGACUCUGAAUUGCGCUGUUAGUUAUGGGUGUGUUUCAGCUGAUAUUAACAGCACUGUAACCAGUCUCAGUUGAACGUUCUGGGUGGUGUCACUGAAGUUCAGAGCUGUAUUGUUCAUUUUGCCAUCUGUAAUCUUCCCUGUUGAUUCAAGAGCUCUCAAGAGUUAUUCAGUUGCCACAACUUUUAAAUCCUGAGUGGAUCUUUGCUGCAAAAUCUACAAUCAAUGAUCACCAAAAAAACUCUCCUGGACCACCCACGCUGAUGCGACUGUCAAGGAGAC